AUGGAACAAAGUGGGAAUGUUCGAAUGGGUUUCCAAAGCCAAUGGCCCCACCACGUCCAUCGCGCAGAGACAAAUGCGAGGAAUGCGGGACUCAGGCAGUGGUGUUCCAGCCAAUUUUUGUCACAAGAUCCUUGUCUGACAGAGUCGUUCCGUAAGGCUGUGUCGGGAUACAUGUUGUCUCUUGGGAAGACCAAUCAGGCAUGUCAUGUCAGCUCUUGUGGGGUUUUCAGUAUCAGUGGCAUCUCGAAUCACUGUCCCAAAGGGGUUAAUUCAACUACGUGCCGUGAGAAGAUGUCUACAUCCCACCACGAAGCAUCCCCAGCAGCUUAUCCCGACCCCACGGCAUAA